GGUCGGCCAUCUUGGCGUAGUUUUUUUAACGGAAAAAAAACCGUUACUGUUCGAAUCUCUUCCACUGCGCCGCAAGCUUUAAUUUUCAGUCGAAAAUAUCAACGCGUACAUACCUAGCCGCUGUCGAUGCACAACACAAACACUGCACACUGUUUUUCCGCGAAUUUUCUCGACCGAAGCCAUCAUCACGUGACACACACACACCAUAAACAAAGAAGGUCCUCGCGCGAAAACGUUUCUAUACUGCUCCUCAGUCGGCCGUCUCCAGGCUCGGCAGUCGGACGCGUGUGUUUUGACCGCAGUGCAAGCAAACGAGAUCGAUCAAGAUGGUGCCUCCACUUCGCUACAGAGGCAAGUUCAUAAGCCAGAAAAAGUACGAGCAGAAGAUGAGGAUGAUGGAGAAUAUUGCAAAGCUGCAAAGAUUGAACAAGGAGAGACGUGCUGCGCUCAAAGCCGAAUCGAAGGUUAGAACACGCAGUCCCGAGCCGGGCGAAGAAGCAGCAGCAGCAGCAUCGCCGCCAAGUUCACCGUCACAGCCGUCGUCGCCGAAACCGGCCAAGAAAGAGAAGCCUAAGAGUGCUGAGACUUCUAAAAAGCGCGGUAUCAAGAGAAAGGCGUCACCCGAGAUAAGCGACCCGGCGUCUAAGCGAAGUGCCGUUGAUAAGCAGAAUAUGGAGAACUCUCCCCAGCAAGCCAACCUUAGCAGUGGAUCUGCUAGAAGUGACGAAUAGAGUUUAGUUUGACUUGUUAACGGGACAUAUGGAAUCAAGAUAGCUAUGCUGUAUAGGUAUAGUAGUGUAACCUCGAUUAUUUCAUGAUAAAUGGACUAUUUUUUUUUAACUCACUAUUGAUUUGAUUCAAUAUGUCACCUGAUAAAUUAUAAUCAGACAAAAUCAUUUUUGACAGCAUCGCUGAAAGAAAGCUUUAAUUUGUAUUCAAUAGAUAGCUAGUCAGUAGCUACUUCUAAGAAGUCUUGCUUUACGUUAAAUUAUUUAAAAGAAUAUUUAUGUAUUUAUUGAUCUACGUUAAGAAGUGUAUACGUGCAAUUCCACAUCUAUCUUGUCAAGUUAGAAUAAGUUCACUAUAGUUUAACAAAUUAUAUGUUCAAAAGUAAAAGUGACAUUUGCCAAUGCACACUGUAAAGUCUAAAUUUCAAUUGAAGAUUAAAAGUUUGUAAUUCAUCCACUGCAAA